AUGUUUGCCCGUCGCUGUGCCCGUCUGGCUACCUCCCGGACUGCCGUCCCUCUGAGCAACUAUCUGGCUCGAGUACGGCCGUACUCGUCUGGUCCGAGCUAUGAGCACAUUCUCACUGAGACCCCGAAACCCGGAGUCGGCCUGAUUACCCUGAACCGCCCUAAGGCUCUGAACGCUCUGUGCAGCCCUCUGUUCAAGGAGCUCAACGAGGCACUGAGCAAGUACGACAAUGACAAGGAUAUCGGCGCGAUUAUCAUCACCGGAAGCGAGAAAGCCUUCGCCGCCGGAGCCGACAUCAAGGAAAUGGCCCCCCUUAGCUUCGCCGCUGCCUACAACGACAACUUCAUCGCCCCCUGGUCCCACCUCGCCAACUCAAUCCGCAAGCCCGUCAUCGCCGCCGUCUCCGGCUAUGCUCUCGGCGGUGGAUGCGAGCUCGCCCUGAUGUGCGAUAUUCUCUACUGUACCUCGAACGCAACCUUCGGCCAGCCCGAAAUCAAGCUGGGCACCAUCCCCGGCGCCGGUGGCUCGCAGCGCCUGACCCGGGCCAUUGGAAAGAGCAAGGCGAUGGAGCUUAUUCUGACUGGCAAGAACUUCAGUGGUAAGGAGGCUGGUGAGUGGGGUGUUGCGGCGCAAGUCGUCGACGGCGGCAAGGACGAGCUGCUUGCGACUGCUCUCAAGACGGCCGAGACUAUUGCUGGAUAUAGCCGUGUCGCUGUUGUUGCUGGUAAGGAGGUUGUCAACAAGAGCCAGGAGCUGUCGCUGCGUGAGGGUGUUGAGUAUGAGCGUCGCUUGUUCCAUGGCUUGUUCGGCAGCAAGGACCAGAAAAUUGGGAUGACGGCUUUUGCUGAGAAGAAGAAGCCUGAGUGGUCGAAUGAGUAG